GACCAUACUUUUUUCCAAAACAAACUCGUCAGCUGUUCCGCUUGGACGCCGCUUUCUCUUGUUUUUCCCCGAACCGUUCCAGUCCGCAUCCGGUUCCACGCACAAUUCGUCCCUGCAGUUGAAUGAUCCCGGGUCUGUUCCGGACGCUAGCACGCAAAAUGCCGUUCUACGCCGUGGCACGAGGACGAGCCGCCGGAGUUUACCUGACCUGGCCCGAAUGCCAACGGCAAGUGACCGGAUUUACGGGGGCCAAGUUUAAAAAGUUUCCCACCCGCCAGCAGGCGGACGCAUUUGUUCGGGAGCAUGGGAACGGAAGCGGUUCCGGGUCUGCUUCCGACAGCGGAAGUAACUCGCCGUCGGCGGGGGCCGUUGUUCAAUCCGCGGUUCCGCCGGUGGAUUCUGUGCGGGUUCUGAUUGACAAUUACGACGAGAUCAAUGCGGCUUGCUCGAGAAUCGAGGGGUUGAAGCGGGAGCUGGAUGAGCUGCGAGGUUCGGGAUCGGGAACGGGGAGGAGGGCCGUGGAGAUUGCGCCACUGCCUGCGAAGCGGAAGAAGCUGGACAGCGGCGUGAAGCCGGUGACGAAGCUGGAAAAGUACGGAAUUUAUAGCUUUCAUCAGGACGAGGACGGAUUCGUGCACGUCUACACGGAUGGGUCGUGCGAGGGCAACGGGACGGCGUCGGCCUGUGCCGGGCUGGGGGUUUACUUUGGCGAGGGACACGCGCUGAACACUUCCAAGCCUGUUAGUGGACGAGCGACCAACAAUUGCGGAGAGAUCCAGGCCGCUUCGCUGGCGAUUCGAUUGGCCAAGCAGCAGGGCAUUAAAAGACUGACCGUCAACACAGAUUCCAAGUUUUUGAUCGAUUCCAUCACCAAAUGGCUGCCCGGUUGGAAGCGGAACGCGUGGAAGCUGUCGACGGGGAAGCCCGUCAAGAACCAGGUCGACUUUGAGGAGCUUGACCGGGAGUUGGCCGACAAGAGCAUCGAGAUCAAGUGGAACCACGUCGACGCUCAUUGUGGCAUUUUGGGGAACGAACGGGCGGACGCGCUCGCCCGGGAAGGUUCGGCAAUGUUCCGCAGACAGAAAGCGAAUCGUUGAACCGUUUGUUGAUAAGUUGGGUUUUUAUUCUAGUUUACAAUACACUAUUUUCCAAGUUCUUAAUUAGUA